ACCAUCUUGCCCUCAAGUGCAGCCGGCAGGCCUUGAGUCUCGCACUUAUAGAUAGACGCUGUUUCCUUAUCAGAGACACCACGUGUCGGGGGACUUCCAUCCGCUGGCUGUUGCGUGCGUUGUCUCAGUAUUACGCCAUUCCGUCGGGCAGGACCAUGUUGCGCGUAUCACAGGUCGUUCUGUGCGUAACCGUCUACGUCGUUGCCAGUGCGGCGAACCCUGGCAGUGCGGUGGACAUCGGCACACCGGAGGUCCCUGUCCCGCUGGCGCAGCCUGGAGACUUUACUUCGGGAGCCCUGGGAAGACCACUGCGAAUCUUGGCCGUCAUGACAGUCGACACCAUGAGCCACCACUUGUGGAUGGCGCCGUUGACGGUGGAGCUUGCCAAGCGCGGCCAUCACGUCACUUCCCUGGAUGUGGCCAUGCCUAAAGAGGUUCCGCCAACGCUGAAUGUGACGGUCAUCGAGACGGCAUUCCCCAAGAUGGAUUCCAAGUGGCUGCGACACUUCCAAGAGUCCGGUUCGCUGGAGCAGAUGGCUAUACUGCACAAGUUUGACUUGGACGAGUGUGCCCUAGAUCUGUCAGCCCCUGCCUUCCGCCGAAUCUUGGACCCAUCAUUUAAGGACACGUUCGACCUAAUCGUGCUGGACUACGUCAGCGACUGCCAACUGGGUUUGGCGCACCGUUUCGGCUACCCGGGUUUUGUGGUUGUGUCGCCGUUCCCCGGUUCGCCCUGGCUCUACGACCUGAUGGGCAACCCGGCCGUCCCGGCGGUGGUCUGCAACACCCUGGUGCCCUUCCCGCACCCCAUGAGCCUGUGGCAGCGCGCGGCCACGGCCGGGCUCAGCGCCUACAUGAAGCUGCUCGAGUGGUACUUCCGCGGGGAGGUGGACGAGGUGCUGCGAACGCACUACGGCCAGGACGUGCCGAGCGCAGCGGAGCUGCGGAGGCACGUCCACAUCGCCCUGGUCAACGACAUCCCCGUCCUGGACACGCCGCAGGCCUACGUGCCCUCCGUCGUCCCGGUCGGCGGCAUGCACGUGCGGCCCGCCAACCUCAGCAACAUCCCGCCGGGCUUGGCAGACUGGUUGGACGAAGCCGAGAACGGCUUCGUGCUCAUGUCUUUCGGGUCCGUCUUGAAAGGCUCAAAUUUAGAGAGCGAGACGAUACGCGCUUUCGUGGAGGCCUUUCAAGAACUAAGUGACGUGCGUAUUCUCUGGAAAAUGGAACCGGAAGUGGUGGGCAAAGCGUCUCUGCCUUCCAACGUCCGCAUUGAGAAGUGGAUGCCUCAAAGCGAUAUCCUAGGGCACCCCAAGCUGCGCCUGUUCGUGUCGCACUGCGGCGGGCUCAGCACGCACGAGUCCUCCUCCAACGGCGUUCCAAUGCUAGGCGUACCGCUGCUUGUGGAUCAAUUUCUAAACGUGGACAAAGUAGUGCGCAACGGCAUGGCAAGAAUGCUGCCCAUGCCAGAAAUAACGAAAGCUCGAUUCGUAGCUGACGUGAAAGAAAUGCUCCAAAAUUCUUCUGGUCGGUGCUGCCGCCUAGCGGAGGCCUAGGUAACAGCUUCGGAGAACCUACCCUAACCAAACCUGUAUGUACCGUGGAUAACAUGUUGUGCAUAAUGCCGAUCGGAUGGUGCUCCAAGAUAAAAAAAAAAAUAUAUAGAACACUUCGAUCCCUCCUAAGAAAACCAUCCUUACUCGCCUGGGCGCUAGGAAAAAUCCUAACUCGCUAAGGCGCUAGUCGGGAGAAUAUAACUAGUCCGAGGUUGAUUUUGACAGGGAGCAGAAGAAAGGCGAGAAAGGAUGGUUUUCCUGGGAGGGGUCAACUUCCUGGGGACUAGCAAGUUUUAUCAUAAACAGUGCAGUGGUCUGGGCGUGUUUGGAAAGUCCCGUAGACAGUGACGUGACACCAAAAAAGGCCCUCUAGACCAAGAUCCGCUUCCUCGCCCACCCGUGAAGUACGAAGCUAUAAAAGACGACUUUAAGAUCGCAGAAAGUCGUCUGCAGAGUGCUCCUUAUUUUAACGUAAGGAUGAAAUCAAGACUAAACUGUGCUGAAGUGCUGAAGAAUCAAAUUUGUCACUUCAUGAUGAAGUACAUAAAUUCAAGCAGCAAAUUGAGGAACUCUCUGAGGGCGUCUUUCACCACACCAGCGCUAUCUGUCGGUGUCGGGUAGCUGCCCAGUCGGUAAGUUACCAGCCGGCCCUACCCUGGCGGUAGGUCUUCGUGCGGUAGAUUCUCAAGCUCUAGCCUCAUGAACUGAGAUGUGAAUGUGAAUGUGUGAAUG